AUGGCCACUCAUAACUUCUUUUCCUCUUCUUCUUCUCCUUGUUCUUCAUCACAGUCCUCCACUUUCACUUUCAGUCACAUUCCAAUCAGCAGUAAUAGUUCGGCCAAAGCUUAUGAGCAAGGUAAGGCCAGUAGCAGCGGCAAGAUUAUUGAUGAUAAUAAGCAGUUAGCGUCAGGAUUUCAAGGUGAUGGAGACGAUGUUGAUUUAUUUUGUGCCAAGUACGGAUUCUAUCAAGAAAAUGAUCAGCCACUGGGUAUAGAAAGGCAGUUUAUUACCAGUAAUUCAUCAAACAAUAUUCAAGAAAGCACCAAACUUCAGGCGGAGAAGACCUGGCCACCUCUUUCUCCUGCAAUUUUAAGGAUCCUAGGUAAUCGUCCAAAUUCUUUAGCCGCGGCUGCCAGUAGUAGUGAUGGUGGCCGCGAUCAUCAUCAGAAACUGUCAGCUAUGCAAAUCGUGAGGCUUGCAGGAGAAAGAUUCGUACAAUUCUCUGAUCACAAGUUCAUUAAUAUCAACAUCUUUAAGCAUCCUUAUAGUUCGACGCUCUCUGAAUUGUGUUCUCAAGAUAAACAAGAUGUGGAGCUCGUCCAGCUCCUCCUGGCCGCAGCCGAGAAGGUUUCCGAGCAGCAAUUCGACAGGGCAAUCAAAUUGGUGAGCCAGUGCCGGAACAGCGCGUCCUGCACUGGCUCGCCGGUUCAAAGAGCAGCGUUCUACUUUGCGGAUGCUCUUCAGUCCAGAAUCGAGCGACAAACGGGUAGCUCCGGUCAUGAAGAUGAUAAUAGGAACGGUGUGAAGGACGGAGAGUGCCUAGCGUCAAGAUUCAACAAGGCGUACCUGAUCUUGCAUCAAACGCUUCCGUUCUCCCAAGUCGUGCAAUUAAGCGCUACGCAGACGAUAUUAGACCAUGUGGUCACGAAACCUAAGGUCCACCUCGUGGAUUUCUAUUUGAGGACCGGAGUUCAGUGGUCCACAUUGAUGCAAGCUCUAUCGGAACGGGCCGCGGCCGAAGAUUACGGCCAAUAUUAUUUCCGAUUCACCGCCAUCGAGACCACCGAGAAAGAAAAGGUGGAGGAAACGGGGAAGCGGCUACAAAGCUUCGCCGCCCAGUUCAACUUGCCCUUCUCAUUCAACGUCCUCUAUAUUCCAGACCUAAAGCACUUAAAAGCAGAGCAAGUGGAGAUCAAGGCAGACGAAGCUGUAAUUAUCCACGCCUCCUUCGUUCUCCGCGCAAUGAUUUCCAAACCGCUGGAGCUAGAAAGUGUGAUGAGAGCCAUCACGAGGCUGAAGCCCUGCGUGAUGGUGGUCCAGGAAGUGGAAGCCAAUCUCAACUCCCCCUCAUUCGUGCACAGAUUCAUCGACGCCCUGUUCUACUACAGCGCGUACUUGGACGCGCUGGAAGACACAAUGCGGCGCGACGAUCAGCACCGGGCGAGCAUCGAAGCCGGGUCGGUCCUCGACGGGAUCCGUAACAUCGUGGCGGCGGAAGGGCGGGAAAGGGUGACGAGAAGCGUGAGCUUGCAGGUUUGGAGAGAGUUCUUUGGGAGGUUUGGGCUUGAAGAAACGGAGCUGAGCCAAACUUGCUGGGCCCACGCUAACUUGGUGGUUCAACGGUUCGCGUGUAAGUCUUGUUGCGCAGUAAGCGGCAAUGGUAAGUCGCUGGUGGUGGGAUGGAAAGGGACGCCUAUAUAUUCCUUUUCUGCUUGGAAGCUCCGAUCCCUGCGUCGUGACAAUUGA